AGGGACUCUGAAUAUGUCUGGCAUAGCUCUUAGCAGACUUGCACAGGAGAGAAAAGCCUGGAGAAAAGAUCAUCCAUUUGGAUUUGUAGCAGUACCUACAAAAAAUCCAGAUGGCACAAUGAAUCUAAUGAACUGGGAGUGUGCUAUUCCGGGAAAGAAAGGGACACCAUGGGAAGGAGGCUUAUUUAAACUACGGAUGCUUUUCAAGGAUGACUACCCUUCUUCACCCCCAAAAUGUAAAUUUGAACCACCAUUAUUCCAUCCAAACGUGUAUCCUUCAGGCACAGUGUGUCUCUCCAUCUUAGAGGAGGAUAAGGACUGGAGGCCAGCAAUCACAAUUAAACAGAUCUUGUUAGGAAUACAAGAACUUCUAAAUGAACCAAAUAUUCAAGACCCAGCUCAAGCAGAGGCUUACACAAUUUACUGCAUUAAAAAUGGAUGGUAAAAUCUAUAAUCUUUAGGGGACCAAAACACUAUAAACAAAUGCUUUUGGCACUGAGAGCUACUGAAAUGACCAAGAUGGAAAUGUAGAAUUACCAUUCCGGAUAGAAGAACAAGUCUCCAGGAGAGUGCCAAGUUUUUGAAAAAUGGCAUUUUGAGACUUCACAUGCAAGCUACGUCAAGAAAGUCUAUUAUAAGAUCCUAGUGAAAAGGAAACAUAGGGAUGGGUAGUGCAUCUUGGAUUUAAUUAAGGGCUUCACUCUAUUAUUUUUUUAAGUAUCUACAGAAGACUUGGUGGGACUGUGUGCAUAUGGAGGACAGUUAGAUAGCCACAGUUGUAAGCAGCACCUUUGGGAGCCAGUAAUGAUGAGGCAGGCCUCCCCCCAUUUUUAUUUUUUAUUAAAAGCCACUCUGAGGGAAUAUAGGGCAGGAAUAGUAUUCUUUCAUACAUGUAUAAAUAGUCUGUGUGUUUUAUUUAUCACCUCCCACACACACGUAUGUACAAAACCAGUCUUUGCUAGUCUUGUUUCUGCUUUAUUGUAAGUGCUUCUAGAAAAAAAAAAUCUAUUGAGAAUAAACUAUUACACAUUUUUUGUUACUUCAGAUAUGUAGUCUCCCAUUUAUCCUCUUCAUGUCUUUUGGACAUGCAUAGUAUUCCAGAUGGGUUACUAUAUUUCUGCAGUCUGAGAGCGUGUCUCUCUUGCUGCUUAAUGAGUAACUGGUAGAAGUUCAACAGAGCAGGAUUCCGUAUGCAUCUGUAAUUUGGCAUAGUUGAUAAAUACUGGGGAAGAUGCAGUGUUAUUUAAAUAGAUGUCUUGUAGUCAAAUUGUUAAAAUUCAAGAAUAAACUUUGUAUUCAAAAUAAGAAUACUUGUUCUCAUUCUCAGGAUUGCUUUGGUACUGUCACUCUAACUUUAGCACUCCUAAUGUGCUAACCUACUUCCUCCUCUCUGCUGUAGGCAUGCAGAGUCUACUAUGGCAGGCAUACUUUUGUGUGGAUUCUGAGGGUGUGAGACUUAACAGCUAGGUUGUGUUCUCAUGUGACAAUGCAAUACAACUUAAAGAAAAAUUUUAGAAUAAAGUUUGUAAAUUUGUUUGAGAAGAAACUAGAGUAUUUUCGGUCUGCUUGCUGGUAAUUGUUCAUUGGAUGUGACCAAAAUUGGCUUCAUUUCUUCUUCCCCCCCAAACUGUCAACUUCUGAGGAUAUAAUUUGCUGCCUUUUUUUUUUUUUUUUUU